AUGAAAGAGCAAGUAAUUGAACAAGCUACAAAGAGAAUGCAAGUACUUAAUUUCUUUUCUCAAAUUAUUCAGCCUUUGCUACUUCCACUCUUUCGAGUUGAUAAAGACAUUUCAAUUAUCAAGAACUCCGAGAUCGAAAUCACUCAAAGAGAUCUAUAUAAUGAGGAUAGAACACCGGUGCAACAUAGUACGUUGGAUAAACGAUUGGGCCCUUCUGGUGCCGUGAACGAAGAAACAAUUUGUGAAACAUGCCAUGUAAAAUCAAAGCUAUGUGUCGGGCAUUUUGGCUACAUUAAAUUAGUAUUGCCUAUCUUUCAUAUCGGUUUCUUCAAGGCUACACUAAAUCUAAUAGUUUUAAAGAAUUGCAGUCGUGUUUUGUUGACCGAGAAUGAACGGAGGCUUUUUCUGCAGAAAUUAAGGAGACCAAACAUGGAAGGAUCACAACGGAAAUCGAUUGUAAAAUCCAUAGAUGCCCAAUGCAAGAAAGUGGUUGAAUGCCCUUACUGUGGUUCGAUCAAUGGUGUAGUGAAGAAGUGCGGCGGUCUAAAAAUCGUCCAUGAAAAGUUCAAAAACAAAAAAGCUCUCGAGGAGCAGGAAAACUUUAAGAAAACUUUUGAGAACGCGGUUGGUCUGAUGCCUGAAAUUAAAAAUCAUUUGAAUAAAGCACAAGAGGAUAUGAAUCCUUUGAAGGUUCUAAAACUGUUUCAAGCUGUGUCUUCAGAGGAUUGCGAACUACUUGGGCUGGAUCCGGAAAAUGGUCGUCCAGAACUAUAUAUAUGGCACGUGCUACCAGUUCCUCCUAUUGCUAUUCGCCCAUCAAUUCCUCAAGAAAAUUCAAGUACGGAAGAUGAUUUAACUGUAAAACUUUCCGAGAUUGUUUUUGUAAACGCAUAUAUCAAAAGUGCAUUGGAAAAGGGUGCACCUAUAGCAUCAUUAAUGGAACAAUGGGAAUUCAUGCAACUUUCUGCUGCCAUGUAUAUAAACAGCGAAUUGCCGGGAAUUUCCAAUAAAGUUGCCACGUCAAACAAACCAAUAAGAGGUCUUUGUCAACGGCUAAAAGGAAAACAAGGGCGUUUUCGUGGAAAUUUAUCCGGAAAACGCGUCGACUUUUCUGGUCGUACUGUCAUAUCGCCGGAUCCUAAUUUGCGCAUUGACGAGGUUGCCAUUCCGGAUCUUGUGGCUAUGAAAUUGACUUAUCCAGAAAAGGUGUUCGAGCAUAACAUCGAAAAAUUAAGGAAAUGUAUUAUAAGAGGACCUAAACAACCAUUGGGAGCGGUUCUGGUAUGGCAAAGUGAAAAUCAACAUAAAAAAACUCUCCAAUUUGCGGAUCGAUUCCAGGUUGCUAAAGAAUUGAAAAUCGGUGAUAUAGUCGAACGUCAUUUGGAAGAUGGAGAUAUUGUAUUAUUUAACAGACAACCUUCUUUGCAUAAGCUUAGUAUAAUGGCGCAUUAUGUUAAAGUAAAACCGGGGAGAACAUUUCGAUUCAAUGAAUGUGUGUGUAAUCCAUAUAAUGCAGAUUUUGACGGGGACGAAAUGAAUUUGCAUGUUCCUCAAACAGAAGAAGCGCGAACUGAAGCGAUAGAGUUGAUGGGUGUCAAAAAUAACUUAGUGACUCCGCGAAAUGGUGAACCAAUUAUUGCCGCUAUUCAAGAUUUUAUUACCGCUUCAUAUUUGCUCACGAAAAAGGGUGUCUUUUAUGAUCGUUCUCAGUUUGUUCAAAUAUGCUCGUACAUGUCUGAUGCAAAUUUGCAUAUCGAUAUUCCGCCGCCGACUAUUUUGAAGCCUUUUAGAUUAUGGACAGGAAAGCAAAUAUUCAAUGUUUUGAUGCGACCAAAUAAAAGUUCCCCCGUUUUAGUUAAUCUCGAAAACAAAGGACGUUCUUUUGAAAAGAAAGACGGAGUAAUACCUGAACUUUGUCCUAACGAAGGUUAUGUUGUAAUUCGGAACAGCGAACUUGUGUGCGGAGUAGUCGAUAAAUCAUUGGUUGGGGAUGGAAACAAACAUUCUUUAUUUUAUACAAUAUUACGUGACUAUGGCUCAGAUGAAGCGGCUAACGCGAUGAACCGAUUAUCUAAGUUGUGCUCUCGUUGGCUUGCUAAUCAGGGAUUUUCUAUUGGUAUCGAUGAUGUAAUGCCUGGUGAAGAACUGAGAACAAAGAAAGAGAAACUUAUUGAAUUUGCUAAUAUAAGGUGCGAUGAAUUGAUCCAAAGUUCAAUAAGUGGGAAAUUAGAGAAUCAAUCAGGCUGUAAUAAGGAACAGACGCUCGAAGCGCAUAUCUCCGGUGUUCUGUCUAAAGUCAGAGAUGAUGCUGGUCAAAUUUGCAUGACUGAAUUAAAUAAACAUAAUGCACCCUUAAUUAUGGCUACUUGUGGUUCUAAAGGUUCAAAGAUUAAUGUCUCGCAGAUGGUUGCUUGUGUCGGUCAACAAAUUAUUAGUGGGAGUCGUAUACCAGAUGGCUUUCAAGAUCGUUCAUUACCUCAUUUUCUAAAGCACUCAAAAACGCCAGCUGCUAGAGGAUUUGUUCGAAACAGUUUCUUUAGCGGAUUGUCACCGCCUGAAUUUCUUUUUCAUGCUGUUUCUGGUCGAGAAGGACUUGUAGAUACAGCAGUGAAAACCGCAGAGACCGGAUAUAUGCAAAGAAGAUUAAUGAAAGCUUUGGAAGAUCUGGUGAUUCAUUAUGACACUUCGGUUCGGACUUCCUCUGGGAAUAUAGUACAAUUUUGUUAUGGCGACGACGGGUUAGAUCCAACUUACCUUGAAGGUGAAAUCCACCCUGUCGAUCUGCCGCGUAAUUUACAGCAUGCUUUGGGUAUAAUUCCUCGAAAAAAAGACAAAGCACUAUUGCCGAACGAAAUUUUAGAUACUAUGCAAAAGGAACUUGAAAGUCCAAAAUUUAGCCAACUAUGCACUCAAAAUUACAUCGAGUCGGUGCGUAAAUUUGUAGAUGAUGACAUAAUAAAGAAGCUAGAGGAUAUACAUCAGAAAUAUGCUCCCAAAUCUUUGAUUGAACUGGACGAUGAUUCUAAAAAAAUUAUUAAUGGUUUGUUGAAUAUAACCUGCAAACAAUUACUCAAAUUUUUCGAUAUUUGCAGAGGAAAAUACCUUAAUGCAAGGAUUGAACCAGGUACAGCUGUUGGUGCUGUUGGGGCACAAUCUAUCGGAGAACCAGGCACGCAAAUGACCCUCAAGACCUUCCAUUUUGCCGGUGUGGCGUCUAUGAAUAUAACUCUUGGAGUUCCGCGUAUCAAGGAAAUCAUAAAUGCGUCAAAGACUAUAAGCACACCAAUUAUUACUUGCAAGCUUGUUUCUGAUACCAAUUUGACCGCAGCCAGAAUAGUCAAAGCUCGUCUCGAGACAACCUAUCUUGGUGACAUUGCCAAGUCUAUCGAAGAAGUUUACAAAUAUGAUGACUGUUUUCUAACAAUCACUUUGGACUUGGAAGCCAUCCAAAAGCUUCAGUUGGAAAUUGGCGUCAACCAAGUCGCACAAGCCAUAAUAAACACGCGUAAAUUAAAAUUGAACUCAAACAAUAUUACUGUACUCAAAGCUGACCACCCCGCAGACCAGAAUCAAAUAAUUGUGCAUGUAUCACAAGAUCAAGAUAACUCGUUGUAUUUUAAACUACAAGUAUUGAGACGCGCUCUACCCAAGGUUAUAGUGAAGGGAAUUCCAACAGUCACAAGAGCAGUAAUUAGUGAAGAAAAAGGCACUCGAGAGCUACUUGUCGAAGGUUAUGGAUUGCAAGAUGUAAUGACAACUGAAGGUAUUGUUGGAACUGCAACUACUUCAAAUAAUGUCAACGAAGUGCAAAAGUAUUUAGGGAUUGAAGCUGCAAGAACUACUAUUAUCAAUGAAAUACAAUAUACCAUGACGAGGCACGGCAUGAGUAUUGAUCCAAGACACGUUAAACUACUUGGAGAUAUCAUGACUUACAAGGGUCAAGUAUUGGGUAUUCAUCGAUUCGGUGUUGCCAAUAUGAAAGACAGUGUUCUUAUGUUAGCAUCCUUCGAAAAGACGACCGAUCACUUAUUCGACGCGUCUUUAUAUGGACAACGUGAUUCCAUUGAAGGCGUGAGCGAGUCUAUAAUUAUGGGUAUGCCAAUACCUAUCGGUACAGGAUUAUUCAAGCUACUUCGAGAGUCGGACCCAAGUCCACCUAAGACCCGAAAUUUAUUAUUUGAUAGCCCAGAAUAUCAUGUUCCGGUGUCAUUUGCUUGA